AUGGAUCUGAAGGGCCACAAAGCAAAGCUAAACAUGGAGGCUUCAGUUACGGACGACUCGGAUAGUGAUUUUCGGAACUCUACAGACGACGAAACCGACAGCAUGGAGGAAUCUAUCGUUUCGGAUUCGGAGGUUGAGUUGCCGCUGAGUGAGAAUGAUGAUCGAACUACAGGUGUUUGCCACAAUAUGCGGCGAUCAAGAUCUCUGGGCUCUGGCCGCUCCAAGGCCGUUGCCUGUGGUUAUGGGAGCCACACCUCGGCUAUGCGAGCUUGCCCACGCCAUAUUGCGGAUUGCCAGGACGGUAUUCUUUGCGCCAUCAAACUCCUUGAAGAGGCUUUAGAACUACGUUUGUCUAUGGGAAGGAAUGAUUGUGGCGGUGUCUGUGCCUGUCGGCAAGCCGCGAGAUCCACACACGACUACCAGAGCGCGGCAUCCCAAACGGAUAGGCAUUCGGACUAUUUGCAUUCAUCUCCAUUUUCGGACUCAUUUGCCAUUGGUUCCGAUUCGGACGUUCCGUUGCUGAGGUCAAGGUUCCGUCACUACGGUAAACGCUGA